AUGGUGAACAAAACUAUAAGUGUCACCAUUAUGCGUGGGAGUGACUACAGUGAGAGACUGAAGGAAACACUGAAGGACUCAUUGGGUGAGUCACUGAAGGACGCACAGAAGCCACUGAAGGAGGCACUGAAGGAAGCAUUGAAGGAGGCACUGGAAGAGGCACUGGAGGAGGCCAACACUGCACAAGACACGCAGGAAACACUUCACUGCUUCCUUACUUCAGAAGCACUGAAGGAAUCACUGAAGGAAUCACUGAAGGAGACACUGAAGAAUGCACUGAAGGAGUCACUGAAAGAGGCACUGAAGGAGUCACCGAAGGAGUCACUGAAAGAGUCACUGAAGGAGGUACUGAAGAAGGCACUGAAGGAAGCAUUAAAGGAGUCACUGAAGGAGGCACUGAAGGAGGCACUGAAGAAGGCACUGAAGGAGUCACUGAAGGAGGCACUGAAGGAAGCACUGAAGGAGUCACUGAAGGAGGCACUGAAGGAGGCACUGAAGGAGGCACUGAAGGAGGCACUGAAGAAGGCACUGAAGGAGGCACUGAAGAAGGCACUGAAGGAAUCACUGAAGGAGGCACUGAAGGAGUCACUGAAGGAAGCACUGAAGGAGUCACUGAAGGAAUCACUGAAGGAGGCACUGAAGGCACUGAGGGAGCAGUGA